GGCCUCUUCCGUUAGUUGGCACAAGUUCUUUGCCCCUUCGGUUCUCUCUGACCGGAUUUCUGACCCAGUUCCGCCCGCGGCUUCAGAUCGAAGGCCUAAUUGUGUAAAAACCCUAACCCUAGGCCAUGCGAUCGGGGUCGCCGGAGGAGGAGAUGUGAUUCGUCGAGGGAUUCUUGUGCCAUCCACGGAGAUUCCGUGGGUUUUCUUCCUUAAGCCGUGCAAGAAUUUUCUAGGGUUUCUUCCUCGUCUGGGGUUUUCGCACAUGAAGGACCCGUUUGAUCGGACGAAGGUUGUGCUCCGGCACCUGCCGCCGUCGAUCUCGCAGUCGGCGUUGAUGGAGCAGAUCGACGGGAGGUUCGCGGGCCGCUACGAUUGGGCGUGCUUUCGCCCCGGGAAGGCCAGCUGGAGCAUGUUAAUCCAAUAAUUUUUUGGUUUUGGUCAAUGUCUGCAAACCCACCCCCUGUGGAAGCCAAACAACAAUGGAAGGCAAAAGAACUACACCUGCGCACAAUUAACAAGACUCACAAGAUUCACAAAAAUCAGAGAUAUUCUCGAGCCUACCUUAACUUUAAGCGACUGGAAGAUGUGGUUGAGUUUGCUGAGUUAUUUGAUGGACACAUCUUUGUCAAUGAGAAGGGUGCUCAAUUUAAGGCGCUUGUAGAAUAUGCACCUUCACAACGUGUUCCAAGGGCAUGGUCCAAGAAGGAUGGCCGUGAAGGGACUAUAUCCAAGGAUCCUGAAUAUCUGGAGUUUCUUGAGCUUCUUUCAAAGCCUGAGCAUCUUCCAAGUGCUGAGAUUCAGCUGGAAAGAAAAGAAGCAGAAAGAGCAGGUGCUCCAAAGGAGACGCCCAUAGUCACGCCUUUGAUGGAUUUUGUUCGACAAAAAAGAGCUGCUAAGAGUGGUAUUCAGAGAUUGCCUGGUAACGGAAAACUUAGCAAAAGAGCUGGCGGAGUUUCUAAACGAGGUUCUGACAAGCGUAGAUCAUCCACUUCAAUGUAUGUCCUAAGGGAUAGUACCAAGAACGGGGGUGCCAAAGACAAAUCAACAUACAUUUUAGGGUCAAGGAGAGAAGACCAGCAACUUCCAGAUAAACCUAUUGCUGUAGCUUCUGCAAGUGGUGCAGAAGCAUUAGAAGAUGAAUUUGUGUCUGGCUCAAGUGGAUCAAACGCCGGACCUGUUGAAGCUGGGAAGAGCAAAAUUGUGCUUUUGAAAGGGAAGGGGAAAGAAGGUUCUCAUGCAUCUGGUGGCUUAGUGCAUCAGCAGAAUGUAACAUCUCCAGUAAGAAGCUCACCUACCUUGACUUCUAAACAGAGCCGGCGACUCGAGUCUGGUGGGAGAAUAAUUAGAAGCAUACUUUCUAAGGAAGCACGCCAGACUCAGUCGUAUAUCGCUUCUUCCCUACCUGAGCAGCAGAUGCAGACAGCAAACAUGGAGAAGGACAAGCGUCCCCCUCGGCCCCCCAGCACACGCUCAAUUUCAAGGGAUCAUGUUUCUAGUGGUUCUCCACUUCCAUCUGUUUCUGAUGGUGAUGACAAAAGAUAUAUAGAUGACAAGGUUGGUGUAGGCUACAAGCAUGGUUCUGUAUCCAUUAGUGACAAACAUGAUAGGCGUACUAGGAAUAAAGAUAGACCUGAUCGUGGUGUCUGGGCUCCUCUUCGUCGCUCGGACAGAUCUCAAUCAAAUGAUGGAACUCAUUCUUUGUCUUCUGAGCCUGCAUUAAUUUUGGCGGAUUCUUUAGAAGAUAUCUCUAUUUCUCAACAAGCGGCUGGUAUCAAAGUAGCAGAUGAUGGAGUAGUGGUUCAGAAUGCUCUUAUAGGGGGUGGCAGUAGUUCACUGGCUGAUCGUGGCAUGCCAUUGGGUCAAGGGGAGAGAAAAUCUGAUUCACCUAGUGCAAGCAGAACUGAAGAAAUGAAAAGUCAUGGAGGUGGACGAGUCAGUCUUUCUACGGUAGAAAAUGGUUCACAUAGGCAUGCUGGUCGCCGAGGACCUGCGCGUGGUUCAAAGGAAGCAGAGAGCUCUUCAAGUAUAUCUGAGGGGAAACAUUCCAAGAGGGGUUCUUCUGGCUAUGGUUCCCAUGAGAGACAAGUGUGGGUUCAGAAGUCAGGUUCAGCUUCAUAAAUUUUCUAUUGAACUAUAUACACUGGUGCAUCUUCUGUGAAACUGUGGAAGCAUUUUGGUUUUGCUAAUGAGUCUUCUCCAUCCAUUUUUGAUCACACAAGGUACCAUAACCUGUUUGGUACAUGCUGUUGGAGUAUGCCAUUGCCAAAUUGUUCCCAUUAGAAACCGCAGCUCCAGACAAAUCAAGAGCAGCAUGAUUGUUUAUUGGUAGCGAAUUAUGCUCUGCAAAUUGGAGGGAAAUCUGGGUUAAUUAGGUGGAAUUUUAAAGUUAUCCGCGUAGAUAGUAGUAGUUAUAUGACAGUGCUGUGAUUAUCUGUUUGAAGUUGGAGUACCUCCUUCUAUCCGCAAGCAAUCAAGGAAUCCUUGCGGGCUAGAUGUUUUGGCACGGUCGUGAAGACAGGUCUUCUAGCUGCAGGGUUGUCGAACAGAAUUUCUUCUCAAGCCUUUUUGGCCGAGGAACCAGGAGGCUGUGUUGCGUGAAGGUGCUUGACAGGGAUGUAAAUAUAUUUGGAGAAGGGGUGAAUGCAGCUUUUGCCGCUCUCUGCUUUAGGUUUGAAAACAAUAUAUGAAAUGAUAUAGCUGUGGAAUUUGGUCAAGCAAAUAAAAGUUGGUUUUGUAGUAGUUGGAAAUUCAGUGUCAUCCCACUGAAACAUUGGCCAAUCAGCUGGCUGGAGAGGAGAGGUGGGAAUGUAGCUAAAGGAAUGGAUUGGGUUAUCGGCUAAGUCCUUUAUUGUGUGAAUGCUUUAAAUAUCGUUGAUCAUAUAUAUAUAUAUAUAUAUAUAUGACCCAGAUGCAGGUGUUCUCUUGUGCCUUUUUCCUGUCCGUGUUAUAUGUGUAUGUGUGUGUGUGUUAUUGAUAUGUUGAUGAUAGACAUGUUUGCUUGAGUAUGCAUUGCUGUUGAUCA